AUGGUCAAAGACAACGACACAGUCAUCAAAGAGUUCAAUGAGCUCGUCAACAUGGGUCCAGACGAGCUGAAGGAGUGGCUUGGUGGUGAGGACUCUGCUGGUGCAGGCUGGUCCAAGGACGAUGGCUCGGGUGAGACCAUUGGCCAUGAGAGCGGUCGUAAGAUUAUCGAGAUCUUGGAGAAGAACCCAAAGAAAGAUCCCAGCAAAUACGACGAGGACGACAUUAGCCACAUGCGCAAAGUCGUGGCGUACAACAAGCGCCAUCUAGCACAAGAGGGAAAAGCAAAGCAGGAUCCAGAAAGCAAGAGUGCUAAGUCCUUGAAGAACUGGGGUCAUGACCCUCAGCAGUCAUAG